UGCUCAAAAGAGUUCAGCAGAGCAUCUGGGAGCAAAAACACCAGCUAGCUUAAUUUUCAUUUUUACAGCAGAAGACCAUCGGAGAGGACUGCCAGACAUUCAGAAAACAGUGAGCAUCAUCUGUGAGCAAGAGACCAUAAUGAAUCCGGUGUACAGCCCUGCACCAACAGGGGUCCCCUUUACCAAUACUAAGGGUAUAGGCUACCCAGUUGGAUUUCCUGUUGGUUAUGCAACAGCUGCACCAACAUACAAUCCUAAUGUCUACCCAGGAGCAAACCCAGCCUUCUCCAGUGGCUACGCUCCAGGCACUCCUUUCAAAAUGUCCUGCUCUCCCAACACAGGGACUGUCCCACCAUACUCCUCCUCACCCAACCCCUACCCUGCUGCCGUUUACCCUGUCAGGAGUACCUACCCCCAACAGAACCCCUAUGCACAGGCAUUAAUACCUUCACAACAACAAGGCACUUAUUACACACAGCCUCUGUAUGCUGCACCGCCUCAUGUUAUCCAUCACACGACAGUGGUUCAGCCGAAUGGGAUGCCUGCAGCCAUGUAUGCCCCUCAAAUCCCUCCUCCCCGCCACAACGGUGUCGCCAUGGGGAUGGUAGCUGGCACCACCAUGGCCAUGUCAGCUGGGACUUUGUUGACGACUCCAUCACCAGCGGCUGUCGCUCCCCACCAAGUCACGAUGCCCACAUAUCGGACUCCUGGCACACCCAGCUACAGCUACGUGCCCCCGCAGUGGUGAAGAGAGGGCAGCGUCAGACGAUGAUAGAUAUGCAUUCACACUCUACUCCAGUGUUUUUUGCUAUUGGUGAAGACCUGCUCUGUCGGCGUCUGCCACCAGUUACUCUUCUUCCAGCAUAAUGUGAAUCUGAAACCUAACUACAUAGAAAGAGGCCCAUUUGGAUAGGCAGGGGGGGAGGAAUAGGCCCAUCCCCAUGUCCCCUCUUAACGGAAUAAGGCUGCAUUCCACGCCACACCCCAACGCCAGCACCUUUACAGACCCGCUGCAUAUCUCACAUCAAACGGCAACACCUCCAUGCAAACUUUUUUCGUAGACAGUCAUGCAGGUUUUUAUAGCUUAAACACUUAAGUGGUGAAAAGGGAGUUUGGAAUUGUUUGUUUGUUGUUUUUUUAAUUAUUAUUUUGGGGAUACAUAUGAUAUGACGUUGAGUGCAUGUGUAUAUAUAGAUAUAUGAAGUAAUGCUAGCUCAAUCUACCUGCUGUGACAGAUGCAAAAUCAACAAAAGGCACACAUCCAAAGGAACUAAAAAAAAAAAAAAAGUAAUAAUCUGCAAUGCUGAAUCACCAGUGACCAUGUCUUAAAUGUGAAAGAAGAAAAAGACGAAAAACGUUUGUUCAUGCAAAAACAAGGCUGCGCAAUCGAGUGCAGACUAAACUGUACUAUUUUCACUGCUUUGUGUUUUGGUAAGUGAUGCUAGGUUUUUAUUAUUUCUAAGUGAUGCAGUGUAUGCAUUGUGUCUUACCAUUUUUGUAUUUUAGGAAAAAGAUGGGACUUUUAAGUUUGUGCCUCUGACUGAUGGCCAUUCCAACACUUAAUCAUUCUAAGUGUUUUUUUUUUCCUGCAAUGUCAAUCUUUUUAGAAAAAGAGUAUCAACCUCUCCAACAGUCUGAAGCAGCUUUUAUUUCCUGGUUGAAACACUUUUGGGUGAUAUCAAUAUUAAAACUAUUCGCUUAUUUUAGCCAGAUGUAUUCUUGGUGGGAAACAAGUAUAGGAAGCUGUUGGAAAUCAUUUGCACCAAUUUUAAGUGAGUGAAUGAGCAGGAAACAGCUCUGUGUGUGAGUGUAUGUGCGUGUAUGAAAGUGGAUUAAAAUAGAAACCAUUAAUAAUGGUGCCAUACAGUACAACUUGACUAGGAUAUUAGACCUACGUGUCACAAUAAUCAAUUUGCUCUUAGGUAGGUCUGAAGCACUACACCAUUACAUCACUGCUAACUGUGCACAUGUUAGGCAAAUAUGAUAUUGUUAAAACUCCAUUUGUGAAUAGCACUACUGAAGGAAAGCACUAAUUCAAAACAGUUUAUAAAGAUAAACCUGACCUUUUGACAUUGCUCACUGUCUUACCCACGAGGUUCCAGGCUAACCCACCAGUAUCACUGUCUCAGACUUGCUUUUCUAUGUUGCCUCAGUCACCUCAGUUAAAUAAUCUGUUUUGUAAAUGUUAUUUUUGUGAUUUUGGUUCUUGUUUUGUAUUCUAAAGAAAGACCAAAAAUAAAAACAAAUAUAAGGAUAA